AUGGAUACCGUGCGAUCAAUCAACCAACUGAGAGUAUCCUUUCUGCGUAACUCGUCAGACGAGCAACAAGCAAAACGUAUAAUUAAACCCUUUUUGGGCAAUGAAGACGAUUACGAUGGGCUGCCUGCUGAUGUUAAAAAACUGUACUGUGGAGAUAGCGGGGCUGAUCUUUUGUUGACUUUGGAGUCGCCGCCAAUUUCUCAGAACUAUAUGGCGAAUUUGGAAUCUCUCCAAAGGACAAGAUUCAACCAAAAAAAACCAUCUGCCCGGGAUAUCCAUGGGACGGAGAGGCGUCUUUCCAACGCUAAUGGUACAACUGAUGAUCUCUUGGCUGAAAAUUUUACGGAUGAUAAGAAAGAAACGUUAAUAAGCACCACCAGUUCGAUCACAUCGAAGCAGUCAGACGGAGUGGCCCCAACAAUCAAAAGAAGCCCGCGUGGCUCUAUCAAACAGAGGAACCCUUCUUUGAGUCGCUCAACACCACGUCCUCCCCAGGAUCCCAAAUCCAAAAAAGGAGCCUUGUUUUCCAGAAUUUUCAAAGCGCACAAUAAUACCGAUUUGGAUGAGCGCAACACCAUUCGUGCCCACAGCAACUCAAAAACUCCACGUCAAAAACCUUCUGGAGUACAAAACACAAAUUUGCGAUUUUAUGACGGUGCAUUCAACUAUGACGAAACUUUGGAUGACGACGAAGAUGACGAAGACGAUGAUGAUGAUGCUUAUCGAAAUGACGAGUUUUUCCUUGGUGGCUUACCAAAGAGCGAUGAUGCAAAGAACAACAAGCUUUCAAAAUUGGGACAUCUACCGCGCUAUGGUCAAAAUGUCCUUGGAACAUCCUCCGGUGGAAAAAGCAGUUCAGUGCUCAAUCUUAUAGAUCGCAAAGUAGCGAAAUCAGCCGAAGAUGGCAACCACUUGGGUCGUUCUUCUGAAAAAGGUCAUGACUCAGAUCUAGACUCAUACAUGGAUGAAAAUGAUCUGAAGGAGCUCGAUCUUGAUGAAGGAAAAUUAAGGACGUCCGCUGGAGACGAAAGUGACGAGAAUAGACAAAACGCAUCUGCCACUCGAAGGCUUAAUAGUGACACCAAUUCGCUUUCUGAUGAAGGCAGCUUUACAUCUUCGGAGCUUUCUUCCUAUGGAAAGUCUCUGCUAGAUUCGGAUAUCGACAAUUUAGACGACUCUAGCUAUACCCGUGCACAUAUAACCGGAGGAUCAUUACUAGAAGAUUCAAUGAUAGCUGAUGAACUGCUAGCUUCAAACUCCAUGCCAGAACAUUCUGUUCCCCGUUCUCAUGCUUUCAAAUUAAUGGAAGCAAGCCAGCGAUCUACUUUUAUCAAUGAUGGCACUCCAUUGAACCUCAACGGGUACAAGAAAGCCGACAGUUCGAACAGCUCCUCUGUCCGAAACUCGCUCCAAAGUGCCUCGGCGGACAGGAGAGGCAACCCAACACCUUCGAGCCCCUCUAGGUGGUCGAGAGGUUCUCUACAAGUUAACGUACCAAACGGCAUGAACGGUUCUGUCAAAAAUUGGAAUAGACACCGGAGAACGACAAGUGAUUACACCAAAAACGUUCGAACUUCGAAACCUAUUCUUGAUUCAACUAUUUUUGCAAAAGCUCCACUUCUAGGUUCUACUAAUCAGGGCACUUCACAACUAACCAGUAUCCUCAAACAGAAAAAAAAUAAAAACGUCGAUACAAUGGAUUAUUUCUCAUUUGUGUCAGGAAAGCAAGUUGCCAAGUCAGAAUCAACAUUAUAUCAUGUCUACAUUCAAGACUCAUUCAAGUACAGAAACCACCCGCUAGACUUGGCCGUCAGAAAAUCGGCCACAGUUUUCGAAGUGAUCGGAUACAUACUGUAUCAUUACUUUUCUCAGUUGAAAGCGCUUGACGACGGUGACGUUCUUACAAGAAAAGAAAGCAGGAACCCCAACAUGUUCAAUCUCAAAAUAGUGGAUGAAGAUGGAGAACCAUUCGAAGACAACUUUGGGACUAUUAAUAGGAAAAGCAAGAUAUCCAGUGUUUUUGACAACGAAAUCGUACUAUGCAAAGUAAAAGAUGAGUCAGAGUUUAAACAGAACGAAAGAGAAACGCCAUUACCAUAUGAAGAAGAAGAAAACGACGAUAGAAAAGAAGCGGAAGAUCCUCCCACAACAAUACACAGCGACUCUCUCAAUCAAUUAAGUUAUUACAAACCUAUUCUACAGACCAAGUUCAAAGACUCGAGUAAUCAGGAAGGUAAACUAAUAGAUGUCAAGAUUUUUCUCUUUCCUAACUUAAAUCCUGCUUACAAUUUUACGACAAUUAAAGUGCCCAUCUCUACGCCUCUGCGAACGAUAUUAGCAAAGUAUUGCUCUAUGAAAUCAAUGGAUUCUUCGGAUUAUACAUUGAAGCUUAGCGGCAGGCGAACAAUUGUGGACCUGGACGAUAGCCUCGGUGAGUUGGAUGGGAACUUCGACCUGGAAUUGAUAUCGAAAAAAGAAGUGAAGGCUUCGGGUCUUAAAAAAAUGAGUAAAGCUACUUUCGGAAAGCCCGCUCUUCCCACAAUUCAAAGUGCGGACCUUACUCCAGUGGCGAUGGACAGCAGAGAUCAGUAUUUGGCCGCAGUGGAUACGUUGAAAGCGGCCGAUGGUGCGGGGCAUACAGACACGACACCUAAUAAACCAUCAUCGGCUCCCAGCAAGAGGGGGUCUAUCAAAUCCAAGCGUGGACUACAUCACAAAUCGUCCCAUAGCAACGACUUCAACACAGGCGCUGGUGGCUUUUUCAAGCUCAAAAAUAAUUCGAAAUCCUCGCUACGCAAUAGUGCUAACGCAAGUAAUCGACCAUCUUCCUCUGACCGAUCGGCGAUGAACCUCGAUACAAGUUAUAAAGAUGCUUUUGUCGGUGCUUACUAUAAGUACAGAGUUUGGAGACGACAACAAAUUUCUUUCAUAAACAAACAUGAAAGAACACUCGCUAUUGAUGGGGAUUACAUUUACAUCAUACCUCCUGAGAACGGGUUUAACUGGCACCAAGACCACGGUAAGACCAAAUGUUUUCACAUGAGCCAGGUCGUCCUUGUUCGGAAGUCGAAGCGUAUCCCAGAAUACUUCAAAAUUUUCGUCAACCGGCCCACUGGACUGAAGCGUUACUAUUUUGAAGCAGUUAACCCGGCAGAGUGCGUGGAAAUAGUAAGUCGCAUACAUUCUCUUUUGUCGGCAUACAAAAUGGAUCAUAGAGGUAAAAAUCUGUAA